AUGAUUCUAACUCGCAAAGCCCAUGCUCGCCAAGAGGAGUCUAAACUCAACCUGGCUUUGAGCGAAUUGAAGGCUUCGAAGGAGUUGUGUGAUCAAUUGUUGAGGGAAAGGGAUGACAAUGAGAGUGAAUUCUUGGUUAUUUUGGACCAAAACAAGAAGCUGAAACGUGAAAUGGCUCUGUUAAACAUUCAACACACAGAAGCCAUUGAGGCCCGGGAUAGGCUCCAAUUUGUUGUGGACGAAUUCAAGCAAUGUAGCGAUGAGUAUGAAACCACAUUAAAUGAUAAAGCCUUACUUAAACAACAGCUACAUGAGGCCAACAGUCAAAUUUCUGAACUAGAAACUCUAAACCUUAAUAUCACGGCCGGCUUGAAUAAUAGUUUAUUCAGCGAGUUGGUGUCAGCCCAUGCUUCUCAACUACAAUAUAAUGAUCUUCUGAAACAACUUAGUUUAUACUCUUCAAAAUUAACUCAAAGUGCUAGGAGAUAUGAAACUGACACCCAGAGCCUGCAGUCAGAACUAGACCAAUUAACAUCCAAGUUGGAAAUAAUGUCUAAUAAAUAUAGUGCUUCAGAAAGGCAGAUGAGGGAAUACAUGUUGGCAAUGAAUGAGUUGGAGCGUUUCCUCCGCGGCUGUGGGUCCCCGUCUCUGUCGGGCGAGGACGUGCACGUGCUGUGUGGAUGCAUCAAGGACUUCCUGCGUUCGCUGCGCGAGCCGCUGGUGACGUCGGCGCUGUGGGCAGACUUCAUGGAGGCGGCCAAGCUGGCCGAGCCCAGCGACGCCACCGCCGCCAUCGUACAGGCCGUCAGCCAGCUACCGCAGCCCAACCGGGACACUCUCGCCUUCCUCGUGCUGCAUUUACAGAAAGUAGCAGAAAGUCCAGACUGCGAGAUGGGUAUCGACAACCUGGCUAAGAUCUUCGGCCCUACGCUCAUCGGCUACGGCCUCAUGUCCCAACCCACAGAGAUGUACAAUGCCACUGCGCAGAUGUUCAAUGUGAUGCAGCUAUUGCUGCGCCUGCCAUGCGACUACUGGUCGCAGUGGGCGUGCCCCAACAACGAGGCGGCCUCCCCCCACGCCGGGACUCUGCCCCGACCUCGGGGAUUCUUCUUUUCACCCGCCGAUACUGGAGUAUCCAGGAAAAAGAGGAACUAUUUCCAGUGACACUAAAAUUAAACCUUAUUGUUAACGUGUUAGAGUUAAUUUUCGUUUGUUCGUGUAAGAGAACAUUUUUGUUAACCAUUAAAC